AUGACCACUGGUUUGAGCAUGUGGUACUCGACGAGCGCCAAUACAUCAAUUCUAUUCGAACGAGGCAACACCAGCGUAUUGCCCUGCUCACGCGCAACCCAAGUCCCGGCUACUGGGCUUACCGGAACCCCGGUGUGGAACGGAGCUGCCGAGUUCUAUGAGUAUCUCAGCCUGCUCGAAGAAGAUAACGGGAAACACCGUCCGUGA